UGUUUCAGGGUGUGGGUCAGUGCUGAACAUCAAAGGAGAGGUGGAGAUGGAUGCCAUUGUGAUGGAUGGGUUGACUCUGGGUAGUGGUGCUGUCUCUGCUGUACGCAACAUCACCAACCCCAUCCAGCUGGCAAGACUGGUCAUGGACAAGACGAGUAACUCAUGUCUGACAGCAGAGGGGGCCAGUCAGUUCGCCCGGUCCAUGGGGGUCCCCGAGGUGUCCCCUGAGUCCCUCAUCACUGAGUACUCCCGCAUGCGCUGGGCAAAGAACCUGGCGCCUGAUGCCAACCCUGUGGAGAGCCAAAUGUGA